AUGGCCACCCUAUCAACAUCACCCAUCUCCCUCCUCUGGGUCUCCUGGACAGACAUGGACAAACUCGUCGAUGUCGAAACCUACGGCUUACCCCAAAUCACCAAAUGGACAAAGGCCCAAGUCAAAUCCCAAUUCGCCUCCAAAGACCUCGCGCCAAUGUGCUGUCCCCACCUCCGCGCUCCCCGCAUCCCAGAAGCUAUUGUCGAAAUCAAUAAUUCGCGGAAUAACAACGUGGCGAUGCAAUACUACAUGGCAAACAAUAGGUUCUGGCUUGCGCACCUUUCAGUCGGCGGUAAGGUUUACGACGGAUGA